AUGCUCGCGCCGUUACUUGUCUUUGCGACCCUGUUGUUUGGUGCGGUGGAGGCGAAGGAUCAAGAUGAAUCAUCCACAACAUACGACUUUGUUAUUGUUGGCGGGGGUACUAGUGGCUUAGUCGUUGCUCACAGACUUUCAGAAAUGGCGGAUGUGACUGUCGCUGUUAUCGAAGCCGGAGACUCGGUUCUCAACAAUCGCAACGUUACCAAUGUUCAAGGUUACGGCCUGAGUUUUGGGUCAAGUAUUGAUUGGGCUUACCAGACAGAAGACCAGAAAUAUGCAGGCGGAACGAAGCAGAUUAUGCGCGCUGGGAAAGCCAUCGGUGGCACCAGCACCAUCAAUGGAAUGUCCUAUACUCGAGCCCAGAAAGUGCAAAUUGACAAUUGGGAGCAGGUAGGGAACAAGGGUUGGACUUGGGACAGUCUUCUGCCUUACUAUAAGAAAUCGGAAGCAUUCGAGGUCCCGACCCCGGACCAGAUUGCUCACGGUGCUGACUACUACAUCAACUAUCAUGGUGAAAAUGGCCCUUUGAAAGUCGGCUGGCCUAACAUGAUGACCAACAGCAGCAUGCUUUCCAUUCUCGAUGAAACUUUCCAAACAUUAGGCCUCCCGUACAACCGCGAUGUCAAUGGCGGCAACAUGGUUGGACUCACGGCGCAUCCGGAUACCAUCGACAGAGAAGCAAAUGUGCGCCAUGAUGCGGCACGAGCUUACUACUGGCCUAUCGAAGGGCGAUCUAAUUUGAAGAUCAUCUCGAAUACUUACGCGAACAAGAUUAUCUGGGCUAACUUGUCUAGCUCCGAAGCUGUCGCAGUUGGAGUUGAGGUUACGGGCCCAGAUGGAGGUGAGAUAAUAUACGCUUCGAAGGAGGUCAUCUUAUCGGCUGGAUCCCUUAAAUCAUCGGUUAUACUGGAGCUUUCAGGCAUUGGAAAUCCAGAUAUUCUCAACAAAUACGACAUCCCCGUCAUGGUCAACAUUUCUUCAGUCGGGGAGAAAUUGCAAGAUCAGACGAACAAUGGCCUCGCCUACGAAGGAACGGAAUUUUGGCUCGGCACGCCGACUUUCUCUGCCCUACCAUCGGUAGACCAGCUAUACGGAAAGAACGUUUCCGCCGUCGCCUCCGCCAUCAACUCCAGUCUCGCUACUUACGCAAAGUCUGUCGCCAACGCCUCAAAUGGUGCCGUCCAAGAAGCCAAUCUUCUGUCGGCUUUUCAGCUACAGCACGAUUUGAUUUUCAAAUCAAAAGUGCCGUUUGCAGAGAUUGUAUAUCUUCCUAUUGCGCACUCAUUCGCUAGUGAAUAUUGGGCUUUACUUCCUUUCUCGCGAGGCAGCAUCCACAUUAGCUCAGCAGAUGCCAUGCAGCCCGCCUCAAUCAACCCAAAUUACUUCAUGUUUCAACCGGAUCUCGACUUUCAGGCUGAUGUGGCUCGCUAUAUUCGCUACACUUUCGCCACCGCGCCCUUGAGUGACCUUGUCAGCGAUGAGUUUUCGCCAGGUCUGGAUCACGUUCCCAAGGAUGCAUCCGAGGAUGUAUGGACUAGCUGGGUUAAAUCUACUUAUCGAUCAAAUUACCAUCCAGUCGGUACCGCAAGCAUGCUUCCCCGGGACAAAGGAGGCGUUGUCAGCCCUGAGCUCAAAGUCUACGGUACCAGGAAUGUCCGAGUCAUUGAUGCUUCCGUUCUACCAUUUCAGUUGUGCGGGCACUUGACAAGCACGCUCUACGCUGUAGCCGAGAUGGCAUCGGAUUUGAUCAAGAAGAAGUAUAUACCCAGGGCGAAUACGCCGAAGAUGGCUGCUGUAAAUAAAACCAUGCCUCAUUAG